UAAAACAAGGAGGUCAAGAAGAUUGGGAAAAAAAACAAAGGGACCGUAAUCAAAUGGGGAGGAGAAUCCUCCGGGGCUGGUGCUUCGUCGUGGCGAUGGCGGUGACGGCUGCGGCCGUGGCCACGGCCGGGCGGCUCGAGCUGAGGAACGAGAUCUCCGGCAUGGCACGAGGUGGUCGGAGGGGAAAGCUCGCGGUGAGGUGCUGGUCCAACGAGGACGAUCUCGGCUGGGACAUCAUCCCUCCCGGCGACUCGAGGAAGUGGAAGUUCACCACCAUCAACUUCUGGCCGUUCCCCACCACGGAAUUCCGCUGCGAGUUCCGGACGGCCUUUGGGACGACAAAGGAUGACGUGGUGACGGUGUUUUCCGGCAACCGGGGGUUCCAGAGGAAGAGCUGCGACGGCACGAGAGGAGAUCAAUGCAUUUGGGUGGCGAAGAAGAAAGGAUUGUACCAUCGGAGGAUAUUUAAGGAUGAUGAUGGGAAGUCGUAUCAUGAUGAUGUUGUUGAGAGUCCUUGGGUUUGGAAAUGGUGAAGGAAAAAAAAAAAAGGAUGGAUAUUUGUUUAUGAUCUCUUGAUUCGAAUCAUAUGAAAUAUGUUGUCUGUGUGUUUUUAUAGUUUAUAUGUUUUAGUUUA